AUUUUACCUUUUCACAAUACAGACCUCUCAACUACGGACCCCUCAACUGUCUUUCAAUGGCGCGAUGGAAGAGCACUGAACAUGACUUAAAAGAUCUCAUCAACAAAUUAACAGGAUUUAGGGAAAGAGAGGACAAUUUCAACCUGUGUCUUCAGUUUGCCACGUCCAAUGUAAAGUACCAUAGAUUUCUCGACGUUGACAGCCACAAAAUUACAGCUGUUUUGAAAGGGACAAUCAACAAAUUUUUGAUUCAUUCACAAGACAAGAAGGCAAAUGCUUUACGGAAGUUAAGCGAUGAAUUCCUUGCGGCUCCUGUGUUUGAAGGUCGCGACACGGGGAAGAGUGACACCCACUAUGCACUGCUUUCUCUGUUAUUAAAUCUAUCAAACUCACCCUUACUCCAUGAAUAUGUGGAACAGCCGAGGCUGCCGAAGGUGGAAGCACCAAAAGACACAUUUGAUUGGACAGCCUAUCUCCUGGAGGGUGAAGAGGAACAAUCUCGUCUAUAUAUAUCCGAUAUAGAGUCUGAAGAUGACUGGAUUGAUGAAGAUGAUGACGAGGAUGAGGAGAACUCUCCCAGGGGAGGUAACCCGAACACCUCGGAAGAUACUGCCCCACCUCCUUUUCCGGAUGUUAGUCUAUCAACCAUCCAACCUGAUGAAAGUACGCUGGUUGCCAUGGACAACACUCCUCCUGUUGAGACAGGAUUUGAUUGGCUGACAAGGAACGUCGUGGUUCAGUACUGGUGUGGACAGAGUGCCGAUGACACGGACAGCCAUUUUUCUAACCUCAAUCGUGAUUGGGAGUCGUACAAAGAGAGGACACACCCGCUGUAUACUAAAAGGAAACAGACGAUUAUCACGGAAACACCUCUUAUCCGAGAAAUUCUCUGGAUGCUUGGCGGAGUGGCGGAUCUGUUCCUUUUCAUCUAUAAUGGCCACAGGUUUCUGGUGCGAGAGGACGUGGUUCUGUCUCAUCUCACAGAUAAUUCUCUGGAGGCGUCCCUAAGGGAGUUUACAGAGCAUGCCGCCUAUAUUCACGACCUGCUCAAGUUUGAACAAGAGGUGAUCGACCAGAGCUGUUGCUAUGGCGACAGUAAUGGCUCGUCAAGUGGACGUGGCAUCUGUCAGACGCUCGAAGCCUUCUCCCAAGUGGUGGCUCGCUGUAUAAAAAGUCUGCGACAGGAACUGACCACGAUAGAAAAAAUUGUUAUCAAACAAGAAGAGACUUUUACCCUGGCCAUGCUGCACACCAGAUUAAAACCAUGGUUACCAAAGGUCAAGGUCAUUCAUUCAAUAUAUGAGAGAGGAGUGAAAGAGGCAGAGUGGUUGCCAGGCAACUACCAGAAGGCGUCCCAGUUACUCAGUGUUCUGUAUGAUGCUGUAUUAGAACAUGAUGCCAUGGGUACUUUGACCUCAGAAAUGAUGAAUAUGUUGCUGCCGAUGUGGAUAGAGACGUGUAAACCUUACCUUGACAUCAUAGACGAUUGGGUCACCAAGGGCAACCUGCCGGACCCCAUGGAGGAGUUCAUCGUCAAAAGAAAUGAAAAUGUGCGAUCCCUGGAUGAAAGCUUUUGGGAGACAGCCUUCACUAUCCAUAUCCCCUCCGACAAAAGUCUGAUGGAGGAAUCAGUCUCACGCCAAACAGGGUCAAGGUCACUGGACAGCAGCCAAAUCAAAGGUAUGAUCUCACACUGGGCACCUCAGUUUUUACAGCCCAUCCUCCUUGAGGUCGUCCUAGCCGGAAAGUCCAUGGAGAUGUUCCAAGGACUGGGACGCUUAAGAGAUGUUGUCGGCAAAAAAGAUGAUAUUUUUUAUAAGGCCACGCCUUUGUACGACACCUUUCUCGAAUCUUUAGAAAACCUCUUGAAUUCAGAAACUUCAGAUACAGAAGAUACCCAGGUGGUAGAUUCUACUCUAGACACGACUAUCUUCACCCAGCAGAUUGAGGACCAGAUGAACAUAAGGGGGACGUAUGACCGACUAUUGAGGAUAAACUUUGACACUGUGUUCACAGCCUGUGUAAACAAGAUCUCCCCUGACAGCGUUAACACAAAGGAUGCCAGUAACAGUUGUAGAGCCCUCAAGGUGACAGGAAAUGGUCUGCAGCCCUUAUCCAUCAUGUUACAGGAAUGUCUUUAUCCUCACAUCCGACAACAGUACUCCAAAAUCUGUACUCGCCUCGUGAUCAUCCUGAAGGAGGAGUACCAUCUUAUGGAGUACCUGGCCUCAAUGAGGCAUUUCUUUUUGAUGGAGGCAGGAGACACCAUGUUUGAAUUUUACUCUCCAAUAUUUGACAAGAUCCGCCUCCAUGAACACUGGCGUGAUGCUUCCUCUGUCAAUCUUACCCUCCAGGAGGCACUGCAGACUUACUUUCCGGACGAAGUCAACAGGCUGACAAUAGAGAUCAAUCCUCUACCGACCUCCUCCGAGCCAAACCCGAUCAACAUCACCGACUGUAUGAAACUUCAAUAUAAGGUACCCUGGCCUGUAGACGUCGUUAUUAACACCAAAUGUCAGAACAUCUAUAAUCAGGUGUUUAGCUUCCUUCUGCAGAUCAAACGGGCAAAGUACUGUCUGGACGAACUGAGAUUCUUUGAUCUGGAAAAGGAGGAUAUAUUGCAGAGCAAGUCUCGCGAUGAAGAGUUACUUGCCCUUGAUGAGGAACUCCCAAGUUCAGCUCGUGUCCACAGGGUGCAUGUUCUCCGAAUGAGGCUGUUAUUUUUUGUGAACAGUCUGCAUAACUAUAUCAUGACGAGGAUAUUACACAGCACAGGACUAGAGUUCCAGACAGAGCUUCAGAAGGCUGAGGAUCUCGACCAAAUCAUAAAGAUACAUAACGACUAUAUCCACAAAAUCCACGAGAGAUGCCUGCUCCACAGCAAAGUCAAGUUCCUCAAAGAAGCCGUCAUGAAGGUGCUAAACCUCAUUCUGACAUUCCACAAUCUCUGGGACAGAGGCAUUCAUCACAUCAGUAUAAAGACUAUACAGGAGAUUGAGGUGGAGUUUUCUCGCUGUAUUCAAUUCCUUGCUUCCUUCCUCAACAACGUCAUCAAAAGGGGCUCGUUCCCUCACUUGGAGUCUCUCGCCUUUGCUCUGAUCACCUCCACAGAACAUGUGACCCGACUGCGACCCCACUGAUCACCUCCACAGAACAUGUGACCCGACUGCGACCCCACUGAUCACCUCCACAGAACAUGUGACCCGACUGCGACCCCACUGAUCACCUCCACAGAACAUGUGACCCGACUGCGACCCCACUGAUCACCUCCACAGAACAUGUGACCCGACUGCGACCCCACUGAUCACCUCCACAGAACAUGUGACCCGACUGCGACCCCACUGAUCACCUCCACAGAACAUGUGACCCGACUGCGACCCCACUGAUCACCUCCACAGAACAUGUGACCCCACUGAACACCCUUCAUGCACCAUCUUAACAUUUAAUUUACAUUAUUGUCCGUGUCCUCGAUUUUCACCAGUGGAGAUUACUUUACUGCAUUGAUGAAGUGGAAUUUACUGCAUUAAUGAAGUGUCCCCGAGUUAUGGAGUUGAAUUUACUGCAUUAAUGAAAUUUCCCUGGCCAUGGAGUGAAAUUUACUGCAUUGAUGAAGUUUACCAAGCCAUGGAGUUGGAAUUUACUGCAUUGAUGAAGUUUCCCUGGCUAUGGAGUGAAAUUUACUGCAUUGAUAAAGUUUCCCCAAGCCAUGGAAUUUACUGCCUUGAUGAAAGUUGACUUUACUGUUUACUGCAUUGAUGAAAGUUGACUUUACGGUUUACUGCAUUGACUUUACUGUUUUGAUGAAGUUAAAUCUAUUACAGCAGUGAUUGAGUUUACGGCAGCAGUGAAGUUUUUAUUGGAAUCUCCCCAUUACAUUGAUACAUGUAGCUCAUCUUGUUAAACUGUGAUCAUGUCAUUUUUGAAUACUUAAUAAA